AUGUCUCAGCAGGACACAACACCACAUUCCGGUGAUUCCAGCAAUGCGGUUGACACCGGUCUUGAUCUGGAGAAAGGACGCGGACUCGGCCGUCACUUAACAAACACUGUUGUGACCAGCUUCUCCUGGGAAGCCGUCAAUGUCACGGUGAAGGAUCGAAAAUCUGGCCUACCUCUCAAAAUCUUGGACUCCAAUCAUGGCUCCGUGAAGGGUGGGAGCGUCCUGGCAUUGAUGGGUCCAAGUGGUUCGGGCAAAACAACGCUUCUCAACGUGUUGGCCCAUCGCACCUCCACCAUGAAGGGAGAUUUCGAGGGCAAUAUCAUGAUCAAUGGACAAGUGACAAACCAGCAGUCGAUCCGCAAAGUGUCGAGCUACGUGGAACAGGAGGACGCAAUGAUUGGUAUUCUCACGACACAAGAGACUGUCGACUUCGCAGCACGGCUGUCGCUUCAAGGGACCAUGUCCAAAAAGGAAAGGGUUGCCAGAGUCAAUGAACUCAUCGAGUCCUUUGGUCUCCAGCGCCAGAGAGGUACCAUUGUGGGCACACCACUGCGCAAAGGGUUGAGCGGUGGGCAGAAGCGCAGGCUUAGCGUUGCCAGCCAGCUCGUAACGUCCCCACGUAUACUGUUCCUCGACGAGCCUACCAGCGGCCUCGACUCGGCUGCAUCAUUCGAGGUCAUGAACUAUAUCAAGAAGAUUGCCAAGGAGUACAACAUUAUAUGCAUUGCAUCCAUCCACCAGCCCUCGACGACAACUUUCGACUUGUUUGACCAACUGAUGCUCCUCUCCGAAGGCCGAAUGUGCUAUUUUGGCGCUCUAGCUGGCAUCCAUGCCUAUUUCAACAGAAUCAAUCGACCUAUCCCAGUCCACAUCAAUCCAGCCGAAUUUCUCUUGGACUUGGUUAACGGCGACUUUUCACAAGCACGCAACAACGACUCCUCGCAUAACGAACUCAAAUACAUCCAAGACUCAUGGUCGUCGAGCACUGAGUGCAGGAAAGCCAUUAACGAAUGCAGCUCGAUAUCGGCAACUGAAACGUCCCUAUCCAAGCUUCAGUCCUCUCAUCACAAUGUCCUGGCAUUAUCCUGGAUUCUCCUUCACCGGAACUUCAUCAAAUCCUACCGAGACUUCAUCGCCUACGGCACUCGCGUGGCAAUGUACUUCGGCCUGGCUAUCAUGAUGGGCAUGCCUACCUCACUUUAA